AUGGACAAGGUCAUGGAAGACGCCGAGACCUGCGACUCUUUCCAACACGAACUUGAGGCUUAUAUUAGAAAGCAGAAAGCCAGAGGCUUACAACCAAAGAUCUACUUCAGAAAGGUGACGGAGCACUCGGCUCCCCGAGGAAGAGGCCGCAUGGGCCCCACGCCCCCGGGCCUCUUCCCCUGGGGUCCCCCCAGGUUCCCAGCUUCCCACGAAAGGCUGAGGCCCACAGAAGGUCAGGUUCCCGCCUGGCCUGACGCUGGUCACCCCAGACAAAGACUGGGAUUCCUAAACGGCUCUGGGCAGAGAUGCCUGCGGCCCUUCCAAAGCACCUGGCUGCCGAGCCCACGUGGGCAGGUAGAGCCCGCGGGCCGCGCCGCCGGAGCAGGAGCAGGAGGCGCGGGGGGCACCGGACGGCCCGGCCCGGAGAGCCGCGGCCAUCACGCAGGAGGCCGAAGGGCCCGGGAGGAGGCCCACGGAGAAGCCGCCGGCCGGGAGGCGAGAGCUGAACCCAAGAGGCAGCGCCAGGCGGCGGGAGGAUCCCAGAAGGAGAACGCGGGCCUGGGGCGGAGGAAGGCCGAGCCGCCCGGACGCCAGCGCCGAGAGCGCGAGCGCCACACCCGGGCGGAGCGGCGGCGCGGCCGGGAGAAGCGGGCGCCCCGGAACGCCGGCUCUGAGGAGCCGGACCUGUGGGACGAGGCCAUCCUCGGCGGGGGCUGCUGA